AUGAGAACCCCAACAGAUGUCUACGAUGUCCUAAUUGCGGGUGCAGGUCCAACUGGUCUCGUUCUCGCUCUGUGGCUCCAUCACCAAGGUCUCAAAGUCCACAUCGUUGACCAGGCAGAAGCUCCCGCAAAAGAUUCUCGGGCGAUCGUUGUCCAUGCGCGCAUAGUAGAACUGUAUAGACAGCUCGGAUUGGCCGAUGAUCUGCUUGAGCUCGGGUACAAGCUACCGGCUACAAAUCUCUGGUUUGAUGGGCAGCACAAGGCGCAAAUUCCAAUACGGGAAUUCGGCCAAGACUUGACUGCAUAUCCGUUCUUGUUGAUUGUGCCGCAAUCUGAGCAUGAAACAAUGCUAGAGAGACGGCUGAAUGACCUUGGUGUUCACGUUGAGCGGAAGACAAAGUUGCAGGACUUUGUGGAUCACGAUUCGAGCAUCACCGCUACACUAUCCCACCAGCCUGGAGGGACCUCAUCUACCAUCAACGCAUCGUACAUAGUUGGAUGUGAUGGGGCACAUUCGGUUGUUCGUCGGAAAAUCGGAGCCAAAUACGAGGGCGACACGUAUGAACCGCUGUUCUACAUUGCGGAUAUCGAAGCUAGAGACGACACGUUCAUCAAUGGCGAAGGGCACCUGAUAUUCACGGACGAUACUUACAAUCUGCUUGUACCCUACAACAAAGCAGGUCAUGUCAGAGUGGUCGGUCUCACAACCCAGAGGAACAAUGAUAACAAUGACCAUGGAUCACCAACACACGAGCACGGGAUCGCAUUUGAAGACGUUCGGCCGCAGAUCACGAAAGCAACGAACAUUGAUAUCACAAAGGUCAACUGGUUCUCCACCUACCGGAGCCAUCACCGCGUGGCCGAAAAAUUCCGCCGCAAUCGCGCAUUUCUUGCCGGGGACGCGGCUCAUAUCCACAGCCCGGCUGGAGGACAGGGUAUGAACACCGGCAUCAUGGACGCAAUCAACCUGGCUUGGAAGUUGGCAACAGUCCUCAAACAGACAAACAUGAGCGAAGAUGCAAAACACCAACUUUUGGAAUCCUACGAGUCGGAGCGCCGGUCUUUCGCUAUGAUGAUAGUCAAAUCGACCGACACAGGGUUCACCCUCAUUACGUCGAAAGGAUUCGUCCCCCACAUUGUUCGAACCUGGGUCAUUCCGUACCUUGCGCCACUGGCCUUGAAAUUUGAUGCCGCUAGGGGUCGGGUCUUCAAGGGACUUUCUCAGCUCAUCUGCAACUACCGGGCGAGCAGUCUUAGUCGAUCUGGAGAAGGGGCGGUUCAGGCCGGAGAUCGGCUUCCAUGGGCUGAAAUGGACGAAGAGGACAACUUUUCAACGCUGCGAUAUGUCUGUUGGCAGCUUCAUGCCUAUGGGGAGAUUCUCCCGCACCUUGAAGAAUGGGCGCGGGAUAAUGGUGUGAAGGUCUUUGCAUUCGAUUGGCAUGAUCAGUAUGUCAAAGCCGGGCUGGUGAAGGACGCCGUUUAUCUGCUGCGACCUGACCAGUAUAUUGCAGGAAUCUUUGAGGGUCCGAGUAUCGAAUCAGAGCUGAAGGAGUACUUCGCUACUCGGGGGCUUAAGUGCUAG